UCCUGUUUAUUCAUGUUAUUUUAAGUUUUCUUAAACCCUGUUUACACUACCAUAUUUUCAUACCCACUCUUCCUGUUUAUUUUGUCAUCUUACUAUUUCUACAUAUUUAAUCCCUGAUUGCAUAAACAAUUAUUCAUCAUACUAGUUUCUUAUCCAAACAUCCUGUAUAUUUUGUUAUUUCUACAUUUCUAACCCCCAAUUGCAUAAUGUCAGUCUUCUUAGUUAUUAUAAUGCUACUUUGUUCGAGUUUUAUCCAUCCCCCCUGUUUGUUACGUCAUUUUAAUUCCUAAUUGUAAUUUUUAUUAAUUUGACCCCUAACCAGAAAUUACUCUGGAACUUUCCUAUCCAUUUGAUAUAAAUACACGAAUGUACAGCCUAGAUGAUGACUUCGUCGAAAAGAAAAUUUUCUUCGCUGCAAUUGUCUUUUUAUUAAUUCCUAUGACCCAAUGUGUAUAUUUCGUGAUUUGAAGAGAAGCAAGGAUCGUUCGACGGUAAAGGGACUGAACAAGUUUCUUCGUUUGUCCGUCAAGCUUGCUGAAGCGAACGCAAAGAUUUUCUUCUUGAAGAAUUGUCUCGAGAAACAUGAAUAUCCUAAAGUAUUUUGGAAACAUCUCAGACGAAAUCACAUAUCCCCUAACUCACGUACACUGAAACGACACACGCUCAAUCAAAUCGAUGAAGUGCGAUCAAGACUACCUGAGCUAGAACAGAAUAUCUCAAAAAGCUCCCACGUUCUCUAUGAACUAUCUGAAGACGAAAGAACAUCAUUCGAAAACUACUCCAAUACGGUUACAAAGAAAAGAACAGAUGAUGUCAUAAUGAAACUAAACCAAAGCCUAAAGUCCGUUACAAAAGAAACCGUCUUUCCUACUUGUCCGGAAAAAUACGUAUACAAUUAUUCUGAUAUUCCACUAUCUCCAAUUCAAAUGCAAAUCUUAGCACUUGGACCUAAGUUUUGUGAUGCAACGUCAAAAGUGAAUGAACUGAACACGAAAGUCCAAUUCGAGAAUUUAAUCGACCAGACGAAAGAUCUGACCCCCAUCUCAUAUGAGAAUGCAGACCUUUUCAAAUCAACCGUUUUAAGUUGCUGCCUCGAUUACAUCAACAAAAAACCCAGCCUUCGUAACGUACUAUCCAAAGAACAUCGAAAGCAACUGAAAGAAUUGAAGGAUAAUGAAAACUUGAUCAUCACACGACCAGAUAAAGGAUCCGGAAUCGUCUUGAUGAACAAAUCAGACUACUUAAACAAACUCUUGGUGAUACUAUCUGAUGAGAAAAAGUUUCAGAAACAGUCUCCACAGAAAGAUCCCACCGAACAGACGGAGCUCCAGCUAACAAAGAUAUUGAAGAAAAUGAAAGACGAAUCAGUUAUCAGUUCAAAACUAUACGAACAACUGCGCCCAUCUGGUUCUACAACACCGCGCAUGUACGGCUUACCUAAAGUGCACAAACAAGACGUCCCACUCCGCCCAAUACUAGAUAUGAUAGACUCCCCAUAUCAUACAAUCGCGAAAUGGCUGGUGGAGAUUC